UUACAGUCGUGUACGAGUAGUUGGUAGUCAUUGACGGUCAACGAUUGAAUUCAGUUGGGGAUCAAUAUUGUUCGUGAAUCCUAUUGUGUUUUUGUCAUAAUCUUAGCAUUAUCAACAUGGGUUGUGACGGAGGAACUAUUCCGAAGAGAGACGAACUGGUUAAAACAAGGAAGAAACCCGAACAGAAAGACAAAGAUGCCGAAAAUCAUUGCAAAUGGCGAUUGUGUGCAUCAUCGCAAGAAGAGUUGCGUUCUCCGAUAGUGGCCUGUGAGCUUGGCAGGAUGUUUAAUAAGGAAUCAGUGCUUGAAAUUCUACUCGAUAAAGCCAAAGCCCCUGAAUGUGGGAAGCACCUAAGAACCUUGAAGGAUGUCAAGGAAUUGGUUUUGACGAUAAACCCUUCCUUUAAAAAGCAUGCCAACAUGGGAGAUGGGUACGAUGACAUCCAGUCAGCUGAGUACAUCUGCCCUGUUCUUGGAAUUGAAAUGAAUGGGAAAUUCAAAUUCUGCUUCAUCUGGACGUGUGGUUGUGUGAUGUCGGAAAGAUCUCUCAAAGAAAUAAAAACCACAUCAUGUCAUAAGUGCCAGAAACCUUUUGCAAAUGAAGAUAUCAUAGUGAUAAAUCCUUCAGAAGAAGAACUAGUUAUUAUGACUAGUAAUAUGGAGGCCAGACGCUCAGCAGCAAAAGCUAAAAACAAGGGUGUGAAACGAGAAGCUGGAGUAUUGGAAAAGAAAACAGAAAAAGGCAAAAAACUUAAAACAGUCCAAAAUAAUUCGACAAACAUUGCACAGAAGCUCAUGAAAUUGGAAGAUCCAGCCAUGGCCAAAACUAAAGCUAGUUACAGUGUUUCAAAGGACCCUGAAGCUAGUGAUGUGUACAAGUCUCUAUUCACAACUCAUGCAAAGGCUGUCAAUCAAACUAAAGGACAUUGGGUUACAUAUAACCCUUUUUACAACUAAAACCUUGUAUUAUUUGCACUAUGUCUAGUGGCACCAUUUUUUAAAAAAUACAGUUAAAUUUUUUAUACUA